GACCCUUUUGACACUUCAAGGUUGAAUUUGACAAUUUUGUAAUUGAAAUUGUUCCUUUUCGCUAUUUUGUGCAAUUUAACGUGAAUUAAAUUAAAUUCUUAUCUCAAAAUGGCUCUAAAUAAGCUUAGUAUUGAUGCUCUUAACUUAGCAGGCAAGCGGGUGUUGAUGAGAGUGGAUUUCAAUGUUCCCCUUAAAGAAGGCGUUAUUACCAACAACCAGCGUAUUGUCGCAGCCUUAGACUCUGUCAAAUAUGCCCUGGAUAAAGGUGCUAAGUCGGUGGUUCUUAUGUCACACUUGGGGAGACCAGACGGCCAGGCCAACCUCAAAUACACCCUGAAGCCGGUUGCUGAAGAGCUGAAAAAGCUUCUAAACAGAGACAUUGCAUUCCUUCCUGACUGUGUUGGUGCUGAGGUAGAAGCUGCAUGUGCCGAUCCCCCAGUGGGCUCCGUCAUUCUUCUCGAGAACCUGCGAUUCCAUGUUGAAGAGGAGGGCAAGGGUGUAGAUGCUAGCGGUGCUAAAGUCAAAGCUGAUCCUGAGAAGGUCAAAGCAUUCAGAGCGAGCCUCAGGAAAUUGGGAGAUGUCUACAUUAAUGAUGCUUUUGGCACAGCCCACAGAGCUCACAGUUCCAUGAUGGGAGAAGGAUUUGAGCAGAGAGCCAGCGGGUUCCUGCUCAAGAAGGAACUCCAGUACUUUGCCAAGGCUCUGCAUGAGCCAGAAAGGCCCUUCCUCGCCAUCCUGGGCGGCGCCAAGGUGGCAGACAAAAUCCUCCUCAUUGAGAACCUGCUUGACAAGGUGAAUGAAAUGAUCAUCGGCGGCGGCAUGGCCUACACCUUCCUCAAGGAAACCAAGGGAAUGGCUAUCGGCAACUCAUUGUACGACGCGGAGGGCGCGAAGAUCGUGACAAAACUGAUGGAGAAGGCUGCCAAGAACAAUGUCAAGGUCCACCUGCCCGUGGACUUCGUCACUGCCGACAAGUUCGACGAAAACGCACAGGUUGGUACUGCUGACGUGGAGAGUGGCAUUCCUGAAGGCUGGAUGGGUCUCGACGUCGGCCCCAAGUCCAGGGAGCUGUUUGCGGACCCCAUUGCCAGGGCCAAAGUCAUUGUAUGGAACGGGCCUGCUGGUGUGUUUGAGUUCGAGAAGUUCGCGGGCGGAACCCGCGCGCUCAUGGACGGAGUCGUGAAGGCCACCGCCGCUGGGGCUGUCACCAUCAUUGGUGGCGGCGACACGGCCACCUGCUGCGCCAAGUGGGGCACCGAGGACAAGGUGUCUCACGUGUCCACAGGCGGCGGCGCCUCCCUCGAGCUGCUUGAGGGUAAAGUUCUUCCGGGCGUUGCCGCUCUCUCCGACGCAUAAAUAAUUAUACAAAAUAAAUACAAAUUAUAAUUAAUAAGUAGUUUGUGAGUUCUAUGUAUUAUGCCAUAG